UUACCACUUAAAAAGUGACUAUCGAAGAUGUUGGGGUGCAAAUUAAUUGGCUUCGCAAUUCUCAGUCUGGUGCUGACUCAACUCGAGUUUGCCCAGGGUCAUGAUUCCGGUUGCACUAACAAAUUCUCCAAGGUGGGAGACAAGUGUCUGUAUCUAAUUUCCUACAUUAAUACCAAUUGGCAUAACGCGGAUCGUCAUUGUCAUUCCUUGGGUGCUGGACUCUUGAGUUUCCAAAAUCAGAGGCAGUUGAAGCAGAUUGAAGACUGGUUGGAUCAAAACGAUACUUGGAGUAAUGAGUUCUGGACUUCUGGAAAUUCUUUUGGUCAUAAAGGUGUCUAUUAUUGGCAGAGCACUGGAGAGAAGGCUAGCUAUCUGCCUUGGUCAUUGGGUCAGCCCCGUCCAAAUCAAGGAGAUUGCCUGGUUCUUAACUCCAAGCCCUCCAGCACCACCUCUCACCCCUACGAGACCACCGUCGCGGUUCCCGCUGCAAAUAGCGGUCUGUAUGUAGAAAAUUGCAGUGCAGUGCGUUCUUACAUCUGUGAGCAAAUCAAAAAUUAAGUAUAAUACAAAGAUUUGCCGCUAGCCUGGAUCCUGUGAAAACACUUCAGUUUUGGCCAAAAACACAAAUGUUUUAAAAAAUACUUUUUGAGAAAUAAAGAAAAUGAGCAUGCAUAAA